UUUAUCAAUAUUCCAAACUCCGCCCAGGCAGUGUGACGUUUCAAGGAGAAUGUCUUCAAUUCCUUAGUUCCAGACAUGGCAGCGCUGAGAGAGGAGCAUCGAUACGGGCUCUCCUGCGGAAAAAUUAAUAAAAUCACCCCGAAUAAAACACUUUACCACGUCAAGCUCACCGACACCGCAAUCAGGGCGCUCGAGGCAUAUCAGAAUCUCAAGGGGUCGUUACCAAAUCAGCCUGUUAUCUGCUUCAAGGGGAACCAAGGGUAUAUCAAGAUCCCAGCUCCUUCCUCGGACUCCCCCGGCGCUCUGCGAUUGUUCUCUUUCUACCUGUCCAGUGAUAGCAAAGAUAAACCUCAGGCCAGCUUUGACUGCAUCCACCAGUAUGUCACUGGCUUGGGUCGAGAGCAGCUGGAAAGCCAGGGCAGUAUUCAGGAUAAGAUCACCGUGUGUGCCACUGAUGACUCCUACCAGAUGACCCGGGAGCGGAUGUCCCAGGUGGAGAAGGAGACGUGGAGCCGGGCAGCUAUAGAAAUCAAGCCUGGAUCGACCUAUCGAAGUAAAUGUUUUAAAGUUCAGAAGAGGCACGGCCCAGCUCCUGUGUCGGACAGCUUUCCUUUCCGUAAACACUCUCCUCCGAAUCCCACGCUGGCUGUGAAGAGGAGCAGCACCUCCAGUAUUGUCCUGCAGAGACCUCUCCGGGACCGCAUCAUUCACCUGCUGGCCUUAAAGCCAUACAGGAAACCGGAGCUGAUCCUGUGGCUGGAAAGGGAAAAAGCCAACCCGAAGGACAAAGCCGACCUGGCCCUUGUGUUAGAUGCAGUUGCAAAGGUAAACUCUAAGGAGAACAGCUACACUCUAAAAGAUGAGUACUAUAGGCAUGUGCAGAAGGAUUGGCCUGGCUACACUGAAGAGGAAAAGCAGCUUCUCCACAGGCUUCUAAUGAGGAAGCUGCAGCCAACGAACAUAAACCAACCCAGGAGUUUCCAGUCAAAGCAGCCAUUCCACAAGUCCUCUGGGGAUUCUCCUUCACACUUCAGCCCUAUCAAGAAUCCUGCCGUGAAACGCCCAGUGCCUUCAGAGCCCUCGGAGAGUCUUGCAAACAAGAAACAGAAAGUAUUGGAUCAGAACUUGCAUCAGCAGCCAAUCCCAAAUGGACUUCGCACGCCUCCAGCUGCACACAGUACUACUGCCACAGUGAACUCCAGUCUACAUGUAAGAACGGAAUUUCAAAGGACAAGCAAUGUUUCGGAGAGCCAGAACGGCUUCCUCCCACAGCACAGCUACGGGGAUUCCAGCGUCACAAACAAACCAGGCCAGGAGUUCCGGGACCUCAAGCCAGCACAGUUGAACUCUUUACGGACCGAGUACUCCCUCAAAGAGGACGAGCAGCUCUCUGGAAGCCAGCACAAAAAGAAGAAGUCCAAAAAGCAUAAAGAGAAGGAAAGGGAGAGGUUGAAAGAGGAGGGGGGGGAGAAUGCGUGGCCUGAAAGAAGCCCUGAUCUCAAGCACAAUCAGGAGAAUCUCAAAGAAUGUACAAAUACACCCAUCACUCCCACCACCACAGCAGGAAUACCUGACUAUUUAUUAAAAUAUAACACAAUAACAACUCCAGAACAGCGUCAGAACUACAAAGAAGACUUUUGCGAUGAGUACGACGAAUACAGGGACCUCCAUGCGAGGAUAGGGAGUGUGACUGAGCAGUUUGUACAGCUGGGAUCCAAAAUAAAGACGCUAUCCCCGGGGACACAGGAAUACAAGGUUAUUGAAGACCAAAUAUUUGGGGAAUACAGGAAAUAUAAGAAGAAGUGUCCUGGCUAUCGGGAAGAGAAGAAGCGAUGCAGGUAUUUGCAUCAGAAGCUGUCGCACAUCAAGAGCCUAAUACUUGACUAUGACAAAAAACACAUGCCUUUGUAGUUCCCAUCACCAGCAUCUGAAAUGGACCAAAACACUGCUCCGGGAUACCUGACUACUGUGACUUCUUCUGUACUACAUGGGGGGGAAAAACAAUACAUGUGCAUUUUAACUACAUUUUAUUUUCUGGAAGUUGCUCUUUAAGGAAUGCUAAGACCACUGACUUGUGAUCUAUACAAUUUUUUUGUCUAGGGCUCAGCUGGAAUCCAGUUUAUUGAUAAAAAGAGGAUAUUAUUAUUAUUAUUAUUAUUAUUAUUAUUAUUAUUAUUAUUAUUAUUAUUAUUAUUAUUAUUAUUAUUAUUAUUAUUAUUAUUGUUAUUAUUAGUGUGUGUGUUUUUCUUCAUGUAAGUAAUGUACAUUUCAAGCAACAUCUCCAAUGUGAGGCGUAACUGUUGGUGUUCUGUGCAGGACUGGCAUAUUUCAUGGUGCGCUUUUAGACACUGCAAGAGAGCUAGACAUUAAACCCAACCCCACAAACCGAUUUCACCAAACGCUUUCAACUGAAAAGGGCAGUGCCUUGGUUGAUCUGUAUUUCACAAGGGAGGUCCUCGCCACAAUUUCCAUUUUGAAUAACGUAUGUUACUGCACACCGUGGCCCUGCCAUUAACUCUAUAACAAGCAGAGUACUGAUAUCUCUUUUCGGAGUAAAGCGCAGUUCACCACUGUAACAUGAUGAAACAGUGUUGAUCAGAUAAGCUUGUAUCCCAGCAUCCUCGAUUUCAAAGUGGUAUACAGAAGACAGGGAGAUGAAUGGUAAUGUGAAAGGGAACCUCCUGUAAUAGUCAUUAUGCCUUAAAGUGCCAGCGCUGACUGGGUCUGUUUGUGCCUGGACUGCAGUGCUGGGUGUGCAGCAUCUCUGUGACGUGGGGAAUUCAUCCAGGCCCUGCUUCCUGGACAGGCUGGACAUUGUGUGUUUUUAAUGCCAUUCCUGCUUUUUUUUUUUUUUUAAAGUGAAUGAUUUUAAAGUUAACCCUUUAUUUUGUUUUGUAACUCGAGCUCUCCAGACAAGACUAGAUGCUGAAGUAUUUUUUAUUUCAUGUUUCUGAUUCAUGGUAACAAACAGGCUUUGCCCAAGCUGUUCAUAACAUUGUUUUGAAUUGAAAAGUAACUCCGAUCUGAAGGCAUCGAAUUUUAAAACUUUAGCAGCAAAAUAAAAAAAAAUAAAAAAAAUAAAAUCAUUACACUGGAAAAUAUGGAAAGGCUGAGCUAGCAACAGGGCAUUGCUCCAGGGAUAGGCACUCUGAUUAUUUUGAAAAAGGGCAGAAACUGGGUGUUUUUCUUCUGCAUCUGCUGAUCCUGACACUUAUUGUAUUAAUACAGCACCCUGAUCAAAAUGACAAUGCAGCAUUAAAAUAAACAGGGACAUAUUACUAGUGUACCGGGCGGUGGCAAAUAGCAGAGACACACAAUUCUAGACUCUUCAAACUGCAGUAUAUUUUGGAAUAAAAACCUGGGACCGCCGUAGGUUGGAGGGAGUGAUAUAUUUAUUUUAUUUAUUUUGUCCAAAUUAUUAAUGUUCUGGUUAGUAUUUCAAGUAUUUGCUUAAUUUCCUUGUGCUUAUUGAAGGGUUUUUGAGAUUGUGCAAUAGCAGCUUCCUUGCAAUGAAGUGCACACAUGAACCCUGGGUUUAAAUGACAGCAUGGGUUCACUUUUAAUGAUGCAGCUUGCAAUAUAUAGGUGCCUAUCUGAGGGGGGCUCCAGAUCAAAUUUUUUUGCAGAUCAAUUUGCAGGCGUGACAAAGGAACAGCGUUGUAUCUAGUGUGACACCACAUUUUCUCAAUGCAAAGGGAUUUCAUUUUUAAAGUGGUUUACUUUUAAAGAAAUGUGUUUUGGAUAAAUUAUAUAAUGAAAAACUUUUUUUUUUCUUUGCCAGAGAAACAUUGCAAAAUAUUUAAUUAAAAAUAAAUGCAAAAAACGAUUUACAUUAUCUAGUGUUGUUACAUAAUAAUAAUAAUAAUAAUAAUAAUAAUAAUAAUAAAGGUUUUAUCACCAAAAGUCUUCAUCUGUAUGCCAGGUGUAUUAAUGCAUUUUAUUUGCUGUUGUGAAAAAAGAUUGGAUUUGGUGCUGUAUUCUGUCACUGCAUUUGUUUUUGUUGCUGUUGUCUGUUUGUCAGAAGAAACAUCUGUGUAAGAAAUCGUCAUUGCUUCUUUCUCUUUUGCACAAUUGGAUCUGUCUUCUUCAAGGCAGAUGGGAGAUCUAUUAGCUCCGAGGUGAGAGGGAAAUGGGACAUAUCUAUUGAUUGCAGUUUUCUUGUUUUAAGGGCGUGUACCACCUUUUACUCUUCCUUCAAGAAAUUAAAAAACAUAAAAAAAAGCUACAAAGACUAUUUCAUGUUUCUGUAAAAAUAAAUCGUUAUUUUGA